AGCUUCGAUCUUCACACUUGUCCAAUCAUUCUCGGAUGUUGUCUAUUGUUCAAUCAUUAGCCCCAAUGGUCUCCAAACUAAUCCUACAACACCAACGACCUUCCCUUAUCGAUCCCUUUUUUUAUGCUUACCAUUCUUAUCUGGCAUCAGGUAUUUGCCGGGUGCGAACAAUGUGGAUAGAGCUAAUCACCUGUCCGAUCUUCUGAUAACUUUGUCGAAUUUCUCAACUCACACCGCCGGGUGUGUGUAGCAUCGAAUUGACAAUGGGCUGUUGCUCGAAUUGGUCACCCACCUCCAAGCGACUCUGUGCCUUGGGUAGUGCCACGGGUCUGUGUGUAUUUGCGCUCGUGCUCGGUUUGAUAUGGCCAACAGUAAUAUGGGCGAUUGCCAAGAAGGAGUUUGUGCUGGAACCGGGCACCGAGGUUUACAAGAACUGGAUCGAUCCACCAAUCGACACAUACCUUGAGAUAUAUCUGUGGAACUGGACGAAUACGGACAACUAUCUCACGGAGAAGCCACACCUGGAACAGCUAGGACCUUACACGUUCGUCGAGCGACACGAACGAGUUAAUCUCGUGUGGAACAAUAACGACACACUGACCUUUCAACAAAGGCGCAUCUGGCACUACCUUCCGGAGAAGUCGGUUGGCAAUUAUGAGACCGAUCGUGUCAUUACCAUCAAUCCGGUACUUCUGACCGUCGGAUAUGCGCUGCGCAACGAUCCAGUGUUUCUAUUCUAUGUUGAUGGAAUCAUUAACGAAAACGCUCUGGCUACUACACCCUUCUACGAUGUAUUGGUACGCGAGAUGAUCUUCGAGGGGUACGAUGAUCUGUUGCUGACGAGCUUACUAACACUGAUUGAAUUGAUCCCACCCGAAUCCCGACCACCGAUUGAUUUGCCACCGUACGAUCGGUUUGGAUGGUUCUUCGGACGCAACGGUAGCGAAACGUACGAUGGAACGUUUACGAUCGGUACCGGUAAGGAUACGGUCGAGAACACCGGCGUGAUGCGGCUCUGGAAUGGAGCAAAUGCGACCGAUUACUAUCGUGGCGUUUGUGGCCAGAUACGUGGUACGACCGGUGAAGUAUGGCCACCGUGGGGACGUAGCUUGAGCGGAACACCACCGAACGUGACCGUGUUUGCGCCGGACGUCUGCAGCUCGGUCACGUUACAGUACGCCGAAGAGAUGGAACGAUACGGUAUCGAUGGGUUGCGCUGGAUCGGUAACGAUCGGGUGUUUGAUAACGGUGUACACUACGAGGAGACGGAAUGUCAGUGCACGGCGGAAGAUGCCACCACCUGUCCGGUGCUGGACAACGGUGCGAUGGAUGUGUCGCGCUGCAAGUUUGGUGCGCCGGCCACAGUUUCGUUUCCUCACUUCUAUUUAGCUAACGAAAGCUAUCUCACUGGUGUUACUGGAAUGAACCCGAACGAGAAGGAACAUCGGUUCGAGAUGGAGCUGGAACCGUACACCGGUGUACCGUUGGGUGUUAAGGCACAGUUGCAGGUUAAUCUCAACGUUCAGCAGUACGGCAUGACAUUGUUGCAAAACAUUCCAGAGGUGAUGUUACCGGUGCUUUGGUUCCGACAAACGGCAGGUCUUACCGAAGAGCUGGCAGACGACAUAAAGUUGGUUUUACUGCUUCCCGACAUUGGAGUGUACGUUGCGUACGCUUUAGGUGGCGUUGGAAUAAUCGGGCUAGCCCUAGCGGUGUACUUCUCGAUUACUAGAUGGAAGCUGCAGAGUAAACCGGCAGUGGAACCCAAUGCGGCACUAGACUAAAAUGCUUAGUAAUAAAACGUAACGGUGUUAGCUUCGUAACUUAAAAGCAUUUCUCUUUGAUAAGCCGCAAACAAUAUGACAACAAGGUGUGAAACAUUCA